AUGAAGGGUAAAGCAAGCCAGCAGCACAAAUUCAUCCGUAUAAUCGCGACCCCUUUUCGGGCCCUCGCAAAGGCCCGGGAUUUCUACGUGCAGAGCAUGAUGAAUUGCGUGGACCGCAACAUCGUAGGGUUGCAAGGGACUUCGCAAGCACCGAGCCUGCCAAAGAGCUUCAGCGCCAGCUCGGCCCGAAGCGAUGAAGACUACAGGGAGCUUCUUCGGGCCGCCUCGGCCCGAAAUAUUGACUGGGCCAACUUGGGCUCGAGGGGCGGCCCACGGGCCAUGCCGCCCAGGAGCAUCAGCGUGGCUAUGGGCCGGAUAGAUGAAGAAAGGCCUUGUUGCUAUUUUGGUGAAGAGGUGAUUGGUAAAGGUAAUGUGAAGAGUGAAUUGAAGUACCCUAGAAGCAAGAGUCAUGCUGCUGUUACAACAACUGCUUUUUAA